GGCAGUGGAAGACCUUCACCUCUCCUCUGCUGCUUCUCUCCACAUCACCUCCUCCUCCUAUCAUGCUUCCUUUGACUAUCAAGAACAUACCUUUCAAGAUUGGACAGACGUUGACGGUGAAGGGAGUAGCCGAUGCACACUCAACCAACUUUGAGGUGAACAUCUGCCCAGAUGAGAGCGACGUCGCCCUGCACAUCAACCCCCGCUUCAAACGCCACACUGAUGUGAACACAGUGGUUUGCGACUAUCUGCAGGGCGGCCAGUGGUUGAAUAGAGUCACAACAGAAGAGUUUCCUUUUCAGCAGGGGGCGGAGUUCACCAUCACUGUCGCAUUCAGCCCCGGAGAGUUCCUGGUCACCUUCGCAGAUGCCACCACCAUCCAUUACCCCAAUCACCUUGGUGCAUUCAAGUACAGAAUCUUGAGCUUCCAAGGAGAAGCAAGCUUCACAAGCGUGGAGAUUAAAUAGUCUCUACACUCACCUCUGUGUCCACACAGCCCACCUGAGCUUUUAGAUUCAACUCAAAACGAUAAAUGCAAUGUGACUGAAUGUAUUAAAG